AUGGUGAAUUACCCCAUGAAACCGCCUCGAAUAGAAGACGGCACGCUGUGCAUGCUCGGCGCUCGCACGCACAGCAGCUGCACGCUGCACCUGCCUCCCACCCCACCCAUCGCACCGUCUUCCUUAGAUUCGCGGAUUCCGUGUCAGCAGCAGCAGCAGCAGCAACAAAAUGGGGGGCUACCUCAGCCACAGGAGCAUCGCAAUCAGUCAGUUUUAGGGUCGGGAGGGUCCACGUGGCCUGUCGUCCGCUCCGGCUUUAGCGCGGAUAAAGGCGGCCGGCAGCGGAUGGAGGACGCCCACGUGGCGGUAGAUGAUUUGUCGCAGGCGAUUGGUGACGUGGCUGUUGCGCAUCCGCGAGCUUUUUACGGGAUCUUCGACGGUCACGGCGGCGACGCGGCGGCGCAAUUCGCGCGGCAGAAGCUGCUGGGCUACGUGGUGCGCGAUGCGGCUUUCCCACUGCACGUGGGCAGCGCGCUGAGGAACGCGUUUCUGCGCACGGACCGCGAGCUGGAGACGGCGCGCACGGCGGAGGGGCACGCCAUGGACUCGGGGACCACUGCGCUGGCCGUGCUGCUGCUGGGCAGGUCGCUGUACGUAGCAAACGCGGGGGACUGCAGGGCGGUGCUGUGCCGCAGGGGGCAGGCGGUGGAGCUCUCGCGGGACCACCGCGCUGUCUGCCAGCACGAGCGCGCGCGCGUGGAGCGGGCGGGCGGGUGGGUGGUGGACGACUAUUUGAACGACCAGCUGGCUGUCACCAGGGCGCUGGGCGACUGGCACAUUGAGGGGCUCAAGACCCGUCGCUCCUCUGCAGCCGCUGCAGCUGAUUCAGCUGGUGCAGCUGGUGCAGAUGGUGCAGCUGGUGCAGCUGGUGCUAUAGAUGCUGCUACAAGUGGUGCUACAGAUGCUGCUACAGCUGGUGCUACAGAUGUUGCUACAGAUGCUGCAGGUGGCAGUCAUGCUGCAGGCAGCAGUGAAGCGGAUGCGCCUGUGAGAAGAGCCAGUGGCACCACCUGUACAGGCCCUGCUGCAGGGAUGGCGUCGCCACCAUCCCCUGGGAGCGACAGCGACAGCGACGUUAUAGAGGGGCCGCUUAUAGCGGAUCCGGAGGUGCACGAGGCGCAUCUGUCGAACCCCGAGGACGAGUUUCUGGUGCUGGCGUGUGACGGGCUGUGGGACGCGUUCAACAAUGAGGGCGGUGGCAGCAAGGAGGUGGUGGCGUUUGCUCGCAGGCGACUCAGACUGCACAACGACCCCCAGCAGUGCUCCAAGGAUCUAGUGGAGGAGGCGAUUCGGCGGCAUGCGUGUGACAAUGUGACGGUGCUGACGGUGUGCUUCUCAUUAGACCCCCCACCGCUGCUGCAACACCAGGAGCUGCUGCACUCGCAGCUUCCACGCAGCUUCUCAGAGUACAGCCUCAGAUAUUCGAAUCAAACCGAUCCCCUUCUGGACGCUCUGACGUGCAACGCUGAUGCUGACGUGGCAAGCUUCCACUUUCCGGCUCAUCGCAGGGGACUCGGAGCGCCCCCCCGUGUGCUCUCCGCGUUCGGCGCUGACGUUUUCCGUCACGAUUUGCCAGAGCUACCAGAUCUCGACAAUCUCUUCGCGCCAGAAAGCGUCAUCGCCGAGGCGCAGGAGCGCGCAGCGAGAGUAUUCGGCGCGUCGGAGACCCGGUUCUUAGUCAACGGCAGCACUGUGGGCGUGCAGGCGGCCAUAGUAGCCUGUUGCCGACCUGGCGACGUCCUUAUUCUCCCGCGCAACGCCCACCAAUGCGCGUUUUCCGGUAUGGUGCUAUCAGGAGCCGUGCCGCACUAUAUCCUCCCUGUGACUGAUCAUUCCUGGGGUAUUGCGCACGGAGUUACCCUGGAGAGCGUUACAGAAGCAAUACGCCACGUGGCUGCCACCGGAGCGCGAAUAGGGGCUGUUCUGGUGGUUUCCCCGACCUAUUACGGGGUAUGCAGCGACAUCAGGGGAAUUGCCCGGGUGUGCCACGAGGCAGGCGCGCCGUUAAUAGUAGACGAGGCGCACGGAGCGCACUUUAAGUUCCACAGCGCGCUUCCAGAGACGGCGCUAGAGGCGGGGGCGGACAUAGUGGUGCAGUCGACGCACAAGGUUCUGGGAUCGCUUACUCAGUCCGCCAUGCUGCAUAUCGGCCAUGGCGAUUCAGGCUCUCCUGCUGCGAAUGUGGGUGAAACCGCAUCACCACCACCGUCAGAGGAACCAUCGCAGUCAGCAGUACCACCACCUUCAGCAGCAGCACCACUGCCAGAAGUACCACUGCCGCCAUCACCCCGUGUGAGCCCACGAGACGUGGCGCGAGCGCUGCAGCUGCUGCAGUCGUCGUCGCCCUCCUACCUGCUCCUCGCCUCACUCGACGCCACCACCGGUCACGUCGCCCGCCCCUCCUUCCCCUCCGCCCUCGCGCGCGCUCUCCGCCUCGCUGCCCGCCUGCGCUCCUCCCUACUCGCCCUCGGCCUGCGAGUCCUCCUCAGCCCAGCCCAACCCUCGAGAAGCCAUAAACAGCCCGAGAGGCACGUGGGGUUUGACCCGCUGCGGGUGACGGUGAGUGUGAGGGAGCUGGGGCUGACAGGGUACGAGGCUGAUGAUGCUCUGAGGCUGGAGUAUGGGGUGGUGGCAGAGCUGCCCUUCCUGCAUGGCCUCAUGUUUGCUGUCAGCACUGGCAGCACUGAGAGCGAUGUGGACCGUGUUGUUGCUGCGUUUGCUGCCAUGGUGGAGGAGAGAGGAGUCAGUGAGUGUGGGGAUGCAGUAGAGUGGGAGGAGGGCGAAGUAAAGCUAGAAGGAGCGUUGUUUCCGGUUGCACCACCGACCAGCAACGGGUCUUCAGUGUGCUGCCCGCAACUACCCCCACGGGACGCAUUUUUCUCGCCCAGUGAGGUUGUGCCAGCUCAGCAGGCGGUGGGGUGCUACAGUGCAGACAUGCUGUGCCCGUACCCGCCCGGUAUCCCUGUACUGCUGCCGGGGGAGGUGGUCACUGCAGAGGCACUGAAGCUGCUGCAGAGAGUGCUGAGCCUAGGAGGCUCCGUGUCUGGCCUGCCCUUUGAUAGCCUGGAUGCCAUCCGCGUUAUUGUGCAACGUGAGUAG